AUGAAGCUGAUAGUGCUCGUAUGUUUAGUCGCUGCGGUAGCAGCAGCACCGCCUGCUAGAGUUAACUAUGAUAACAAUAAUGUACAAAUUCUUUCCUACGAAAACGAUAAUAUUGGUUUAAAUAGAUACAAAUAUGGCUUCUCACAGUCAGAUGGAACAAAACAGGAACAACAGGGUGAAUUUAGAAGCGACGGUGUCUAUGUCGUAAAAGGUUUCUAUUCGUGGGUCGGUCCCAACGGGUAUCUGUAUACCGUUAGAUACAUUUCUGAUGACAAUGGCUAUCAACCAGAAAUGGAAGAGGCACCCGGUUAUGAUGCUGGUCUCAUAGCUUCCGCUCUCGUAUAA